ACUUGAAGAGUCAAUGAGGACACUGUGACUCUGCUUUCACAUCGAUUUGUUGCGCUAUGAAGGACGUUCUCAUCUUCUGGAUAUCCUUCUUUGUUCUGCUAGGUCUUGCUACCAUUGGCUUUGUCCAUGUGCUCUACGCCCUGUCAGAUCGCCAUGAGAAAUCAAUCUUGACAGUCGUGACAGUCUUUCUGGGCCUCACUGUUUGUGCAAGCGCCAUCUUGCUGCCUUCGCUCGAUGUCGCACUGGCAGGCCUGGGCAAUAUUAGCAGUCUUGGCUUGCCAAACGAGGGCAUCAAUAUGGGACGUGUGCAGUGGUGGGUGUCUUUCGCCUAUGUGCUCACCUAUGCACUCAUGGCUUUCGUCCUAUGUGUCGCAGUACCCUUCAGCUAUGUCUUCUUUGAGGAAUGGGACGAUGAAUCGAGCACGAGGACGCAAGCAGCUACAGCAUUCAAGUACACAGCCAUUCUGGUGACAACAGUUGCCAUCUUGUUUGGCAUUGGUAUCCUCGUGCCAAAUGCAAAGCGCGUCAAAGGCCCGAAAGAUGGAGCAGACUGGGAUUACUUUGGACGUCUUUUGUCUGUUGCUCGUCCUGUGCGCGCUCUUUUGUUUGUGUUGGGUCUUAUGAUCUUGCUCGGUACCAUUGCACUCAUUUACUACGGCGGUACCGGACUCGCCACCUUGCCCGUCAACCUUCUCAAACCCUCUGCUGAGCAAUUGGAAGCAAGCGGCAAUCCAGAAGACGCACAAGUCAAUCUCGAUCUGAACCGACAGCAACAACGUGCCAUUGAAGUGCGCGCAGAGCAAGAAAGUUCUGCUGAUACAUCCCUGCGUACUCGCAUGAGUCGAGCGGAUCGAAUGCAACUUGACUCUUUACAGCGUCGCGAGCGAGCGCUUGUCAGAACACUCAACUUGCAACGUGAAGGUUCGUCGUUGCGCAAAGUCUUUUCGAACAAGGUCGGGCGUCCCCUUCAAGUGUUUGUGGGCAUGGUCGGGUUGAUCUUAUCAGGAGGAUUCGUGACAAUCCUCUUGCUCGCACUGAUGCGUGCUCUGAUUGCUUCGAACGCCUGUGGACCACGCUGCGGAGUCUUGCGCCAGCUUCCUGCCAGUCUCUUCUUCAAUCCUUGGGAGACUCUGCUGCAGUCGACACCCAGUUACGUUGCGUUCAUCUUCAGUUCGCUUCUGGCUCUCUACUUGCUAAUGACCCUGCUCAAUGGCGUAGCAAGUUUGGGAAUCAGAUUCGUAUGGGUCUCUCUGUUCCCCGUGCAAGCGAGUGGCACCGUUCCUCAGGCACUGCUGCUCAUGGUUGUCAUUGCAAUGGCCGGUGUCAUUGGUUUGCAAUGGCCACUCCUGAAUUUCGUUCAGCCUGGAUACGCGACGUUUGGUGGUCAAACAUUUUGUAAUGCAACCACAGCAGCGCAGUGCGAGCAGGAUUCAAGUCUCGUACUGCCUUGUGUUCAAGCCAUCUCUGCGCCAGUCAACAAUUUGACUAUGCUGCAACACGAUUUCAGCAAAGUGGCGUGCCAUCGCAGUAUCGUUUCACAGGUGGUUGGGGCUUUGUUGGCCAACUAUCCCUGGUUUGGGAUCCUGUUGUUCUGGGCACAGUACGGUCUUGUUGCCAUCUUCUUGGUUGCGCUUGUCACUGCCUUUGUGAAGCGUCCCAGCCUUGCUGAGCCUACAGAUGAGGAAGCAGUUGAUGAAGAGACUGCACUGCUUCGAUAACGUGCUAUUAUUUUAUGGUUGAUCUACACUAUUUAUGUAUAUUCACAGUUCAUACGAUCAAUGUCAAUGACCCAGAUUUGCGAUCUUUGGGCCGGGUAGUCCAGAGUCGCCACUGACUCGCCCAAGGUCGCGGUAGAGCUGCGUACCUUGGUGGCGACUCGGGGCAAGAAGUGGUUGCGUACCCUGAAAGCCAACAGACCGUGACCCAUGCAGACAUGAUGCAGUGCGUUCAUCUGCAGAAGACCCCACGAUGGUAAUGCAGCGGCAUCCCCAUCGCGAGAUCUGGAGGCAUGGGUGACGCGAGGCAAGCAGUCAAUCUCAAGCAAACUACAGCCCUUCUUCUAUU